AUGGUUAGCCACCUUUUUACCUGGCUGGGAAGCAGUAAGCCCGAAUCCGUCGGCGCCACGUCCACCAUCAUGGCGGGAACGAGCCACCUUCACACGCCAACCAGGCUUGCACUAGUGUCCGUGGCAGCAGGGCUGGUACUUUUGCUCCUAUGCCGCCAAUUCCUGCACCCAUUGGCCAAGGCCCCAGGCCCGAUCCUCGCACGGUUCACGGGCAUGUGGCGCAACUGGUACUACCUGCGGGGCCAGUGGCAUGACGUGGUGCUGGCGUUGCACGCGCAGUACGGGCGGGUGGUGCGGAUCGCGCCCAACGAGGUGUCCAUCGUGGACAAGGCGGCGGCGCGGGCGCUGUACGGCCAUGGCACGCAGGUGGUCAAGACCGACUGGUACGAGACCUGGGACGUCCCCGGCACGGCCUUGGGGCUGUUCGCAACGCGGGACCGGACCGAGCACAGCUUCUUCCACCGGCGUGUCUCGUGCGCCUUCUCCAUGACCGCUAUCCUCGAGUUCGAGGCCUAUAUCCAGGGCUGCUUCGACCUUCUGCUAAGGCAGCUGGCCGCUCGUGCAGACAGUGGGAAAACCGUCGACAUGGCCGAGUGGACCGAUGCCGUCGCCUACGGCAGCCAGCUAGGGCACGUCCGCACCGGCUCCGACGUCAUGGGCAUCCGCCAGGCCAUUCUCACGGGCUUCUUCUGGAUGGCCAAUCUGGGCCACUACCCCGGCAAGAGCCGCUUCCUCCACUUCCGGCAGUGGAGCGUUAACUGCGUUCGGGCCCGGAUGCAGGAGAGCGCCGCACCCACCCCGGGGAAGUCCACCCGCAAGGACAUGCUUCAUCACUUCGUCCAGAUGAAAGAUGCCAAUGGGAACCCAGCGUCGGAGGGGGAGGUGCUCAUCGAGGCCAUGAAUAUCAUGUACGAACUGAACCAAACAGACCCCGCCGAGAUCGACGAGUACUUCGCCGCCCGACCGGGUCAGCAGGGAAUCCCCUACAGCGAGGCCCGACAGCUGCCGUACCUGCAGGCAGUGGUGUCCGAGGCGACGCGCCUGCACCCCAGCAUUGUCACGCGAUCCCUGCUGGCACGGCGGUUGGCAUCAGCCCGCGGGCCCAGAACCGCGAUCGCGCCGUUUGGGGGCGAAGACGCCGAUCGCUUUCGCCCGGAGCGAUGGCUUGAGGACCCCGUCCGCGCCCGCUACUUUGAGUCGGUCACGAUGACCUUCGGUGGGAAUGGGCCCCGCAUGUGCAUUGGGCGUAAUAUUGGCUUGGUUGAAAUGCUGAAGUUCAUCGCCCUGAUGUUGCAUACCUUCGAAGUCGAACUUGUGGACACCACCCGCCCGUGGUGGAUUGAGUCCUUUUGGUUUGCCUACCAGCAUGAGAUGUACGUGCGUCUCUGA